UUCCGCCUUGCCCACCACAGAUCACAGAUACGUUGCUCCUAGGCGCUUCUUCCUACGCCAAGUAGCUAGUAGCUCUGAUAACCAGAUUCGCGCGGGGCUCGCGGUGCGACGGAAUCACAGAUCGCGCCAGCACCAUGUCCCUGCUCUCGACCCCACCUCGCUCGCCACGUCACGCUCGCUUCCGCAGCGCAGCCGUUCGUUUGAGAAGCACUCAUCUCCCCCGCCACGUGGCGACCAAUCAGCUCCGUGCUUCCAAAACGAAGGCCACCAAACGUGGCCCGCCCUCGGCUCCGAUAGGCCACAACUAUUUCGACUAUAGGGCCAACUUCGGCGAUGCGGCCGAUCCAGAGCUCGGUGCCUCGCCGCCACUCACCACCAGCUGCUCACCGAGUUGGCUGGCCCGACUAGGGAGGUUUGGCGAUCGAGACUUGGGCGAUCGAGUCGGGUGUUGGUCUGGGAGCGUGGAGGGGAGAGUCGCCGCAGCGGUGGCACUACUAGAAGGGCCGUCGCCCAUCAGAGUGGCAAUCACGGGCUUUUCUCGCUCUCUCGCCCGCGAUUAGCUUCGCUGCUGUCGGCUCCAGCGCUGGUCGAGCGUCCCUCGCCGCGUGACGAGCACCGCAGCCUCCCCGCCUGCCCGCCAUGGCGUCCGCGCUGCUGCGCCUCGCCGUGCUCGCGCUGCUGGUCGCCGCCGCGUGCGCCGCGACGGUGGUGACGUUCAACAAGGACGGGUCGCUGUCGUUCGACGGCUACACGCUGCUCACGGACGGCUCCGUGGUGGACGCCAAGGGCAAGCCCGUCGCCGUCACCACCAACGCCGACGGCUCGCUGUCCGUAGCGGGCGUGUACUCGGCGUUCCCCAACGGCACGCUCACGGCGCCCGGCGUCGCCAUCUACACGGGCGACCUGGUGGGGCUCACCAUGGGCACCACCACGCUGUACGCCGACGGCACGGUCACGGACGCUACGGGCAGCCCGCUGUUCGGCACGGUAAACCCUGACAAGUCGUACACCGUGGGCGACGUGACCGGGUGGGCCAACGGCACCGUGGUGGGCCCCGACGGCGUGGUGGUGAACACGGGCCUGCCGCUCUCCGUCGACCCCACCACCGGCAUGGUCAACGGCAUCAGCCCCCCCGCCGCCGCUCCCGCCCCCGCGCCCGCGGCCCCUGCGCCGCCUGCGAAGGUGGACACGGUGAUCACGAUCAACCCCGACCGCACGCUGUCGUUCGCCGGCUACAAGCUGCUCAAGAACGUCACCGUGCUCGACGCCAACGGCGCCGUCGCCACGCCCGCUGCCAACGCCGACGGGUCGAUCACGAUCGGCGGCGUGUACACGGCGUACCCCAACAAGACACUCAUCGCGCCGGGCGUGACGGUGACGUUCGGCGAGCUGAUCAAGAUCACGGUGGGGUCCACCUCCGUCUUCAGCGACGGGUCCGUGCUGGACGCGGCGGGCGACGCGCUGUACGGUACGGUGGGCAAGGACGGGUCGUUCAGCGUGGGCGACUUCAAGCUCGGGUGGAGCAACGGGUCGUUCGUGGCCAACAACGGCGCCGUGGUCCACACCAACCUGCAGCUCGCCGCCGACCCAGCCACUGGCAUCAUCUCCGUCCUCACGCCCUCGCCGCCCCCCGCGCCCACCGCUUCGCCGCCGCCCCCGCCCAAACCCGCUUCCGCCCGCGCCGCACCUGCGAGCUUCGUGGCGGCGGCCGUGGCUCUGGCCGCGCCCUUCCUGCUGUUGUGAAGCCGUGCCCCGUGCUCAAAGGGCGGGGGGGAGGAUGAGGGCUCAGGGUUUUUGAAGGCUUGUGUGGUUUCAUGGCAUGUAGUCCUUUGCACGGCUGUUUAGACUGUCAUGUGGGUGGCUGCCUGCACUUGCUGGCCUGCCUCUUGUGACCUUGGGAAAUGUAGGCUACUCUGACUUAGAGCGUGUUCCUACGAGCCUCUUCCCAGGCAACCUCUUCCCAGACUCACGCAUGACCUUGAGAGCAUUUUCCCAGGACCCCUUUUUGGAAUGUUGGGCUGAGAAAAAGCCCUAGGAUCUAUUCAAAGAUUAAGUCCCACUUGUAUGAAGUUCUUGAGUAGUGCAGUGA